AAUUGGGAGUUUCAAUGGUAUACAAAUAAUAGGAGCAACAGCUUUGUGCAUAAUGGAGUACUUCAUAUUAGACCAACCCUUCUAGCUGACGAUUAUGGCAACGAUUUUCUAUAUAGCGGGACAAUUGGCAUACCAGAAUGUACCAACGCAGAUAACUCAGGUUGCAGACGUACUGGCACUGCAACAAAUAUACUCAAUCCGAUAAAAAGUGCCCGUCUUCGAAGCCUAAAUUCAUUUUCAUUCAAAUAUGGCAAAGUGGAAGUUCGAGCCAAACUACCUGUUGGAGACUGGUUAUGGCCAGCCAUAUGGAUGUUACCAACACGUUGGGUCUACUCCUCGUGGCCGACAUCUGGUGAGGUUGAUAUAAUGGAGUCCCGUGGAAAUAAGCGAUUGAAGAAUUUCCAGGGCGUCAACAUUGGAGUUGAACAAAUUGGCAGUACUCUUCACUGGGGACCAAACCCUGCCAACAACAAGUUUUCAUUGACCCAUUAUGAGAAAAAUAAUCCAGCAGGCUAUGAAUCAGAUUUCCAUAACUAUCAAGUCGAGUGGACACAGGAUCAAAUCACCUUCUCAGUAGAUGGUAAAGCAAUAGGUACUGUCAGGCCACCUAAUGGUGGUUUCUGGGAGCUGGGGGGGCUCGAUGCUUCUGGUCUGAAAAAUCCAUGGGCGGGACAUUCAAAGAUGGCUCCCUUCGACGAGGAGUUUCAUAUCCUAAUCAAUCUUGCUAUUGGUGGAGUGACAUAUUUUCCGGAUGAUGCUAUAAACCCUGGAGGCAAACCUUGGAACAAUAAAUCUCCCAAAGCAGCCACUGACUUCUGGGAAGGCCGAAACCAAUGGUUACCCACGUGGAAUAGAAAUUCUGAUGACUCGCAUUUGAAAGUAGAUUAUGUGAAAGUGUGGGCUUUAUGAAGAAGUUCUAUUGUUCUAAUGAAUUGUUAUUCUGUA